AUCACACUCAAAUCUUCUCUCUUUUAUUACUAUAUCCUUAGCCAUGGCUUUGAGAAGAAGCUUCAAUGCCCUUGGUGUUGUUUGCCUCUGUGUUGUUGCAUUGUCCAUCGCUGUCUCAGGACGCCCCGCCACUUUUCUUGAGGAUUUUAGGGUGACCUGGGCGGAUAACCAUGUCAGGCAACUCGAUGGUGGGAGAGGAAUUCAACUUGUUCUCGACCAAAAUUCAGGAUGUGGGUUUGCUUCCAAACGUCAAUACUUGUUUGGAAAAGUUAGCAUGAAGAUUAAACUCGUCCCAGGUGACUCUGCUGGAACAGUGACUGCCUUCUACAUGAAUUCAGACACAGAUACAAUACGUGACGAAUUAGACUUUGAGUUCUUGGGAAAUAGGAGUGGGCAGCCAUACACGGUUCAAACAAACAUCUAUGCUCAUGGAAAGGGUGAUAGAGAGCAAAGAGUGAAUCUUUGGUUCGACCCUUCAGCUGAUUUCCAUACUUAUUCAAUCUCAUGGUCUCAUUCGCUAAUCAUAUUUGCUGUGGAUGAGAUCCCCAUUAGGGUAUACAAGAACAACGAAGCCAAAGGAAUUCCAUACCCAAAGCAACAGCCAAUGGGAGUGUAUUCGACGCUAUGGGAAGCUGAUGACUGGGCGACAAGAGGAGGUUUGGAGAAGAUUGAUUGGAAGAAAGCCCCAUUCUAUGCUUAUUACAAAGACUUUGACAUCGAGGGAUGCCCUGUCCCAGGCCCUGCAAACUGCCCUUCGAACCCCAACAACUGGUGGGAAGGCCCAGCCUACAGGACACUAAACCCUGCACAAGCCAAGAAUUACCAAUGGGUCCGAGCCAACCAUAUGAUCUAUGACUAUUGCACCGACAAGUCUCGUUACCCUCAAACCCCCAAGGAGUGCACUGCGGACAAUCUCUAAUCUGCGGUGGAAUCAAUAAUUUAUAUAUAUCUAUAUAAUUACAUAUGUAUUUACUGCAUUUCAUAUACGUUUAAAACUUUGGUGUGCUGCAUAUGAGGAUGUGAAGCUGGCCAUGCAAAACCAAAAAGGCGAAUUAAUGUGAUUACAUUUUGUCGUUGUUUGGAUGAAGCCUGAUGUAGGGCUGCUCCACCAAAAUAUAUACUAUUCUCUAUGUAUGUAUUUCAUUUCAUGAAGUUAAAUCAUUUGAUUUCGAUUCCGAAA